AUGGAAGGCAAAGAACCCUGUCCCUUUGCCAAGCUUGGAAUUUGCAGGCUUGGUUCACGUUGCAAAUACCUUCAUCCCACCGACUCAUUGUCUCUGGCCCAGCCCCCUGGAAGGCUGCAGUCUGCCGGAAGACAUGGAACGGUUCAGCCUCAAAGGCCAUCACUCCAGCAAAGGGCUGCGCCCCCUCGAAGACCUGAGCUCCCUGAAGCACCGAGCGGAAACAGACGACCUCAAGGAUUUGGAACAUCCAGCGUGUCAGAACAAGAGUUCAAAACUUGGAGGAGAUCUAUCCCACUCGAGACCCAAAACAUAAGGCCACUGCUUAUGCGGAUGUCUGCGUUCAUUCAAGACGCUCGUCGCCUAAUCGAAACAAAUGCUAGUAAUCUUCAAAGUGUGGUCAAAUCCCUCGCCAGCGAGGGUGGCUUGUCUCGCAUUCAGGAACUUGUCCAGCAGGACUUCUCUACCAUGCUAACAGCUAUGAAGCUAGAGAGGUUCCAAAGUCAGAUCCUCCCCUUCCUGGAGAUCGUGUCACACCCCUGA